AAACUAUGUUCUUACGUACAAUAAACAUACACGUAAGGGCGAGAUCCACAAUUCCACAACCUUGACCUUGUCGUCUCCGGCAGUCAUUUCCAGGAUAACGAACCAAUGAAUGAUGAACGUACUGAAAUAGAAGAUUGUGUUGUUGAAGAGAAUAAUACGCAUGUCGGUGGUUCAUUACGCAGGAGAGCUGUAUUAGAGCGACAGACAACAUUAGAUGCCUUUCUGUUAGGUGGGCUGGACCGGAGGGCAUUUGUCAGUGGUAAACUGAUUCGUGAAAAGACGAAGAGUAAUCGGAUGUCAAUAACGAUUACCCAUUCAGUUAUUUCAAGAAGUAAAUUGAAGUCGAGGAAAUCUUUCGGAUCAGUUGUUGAAGAAGUGGAUCGUGGUGGAAGUGACGAACAAGGUCGCUACGACUGGAUGAGGAUGACUGGCGUCAUGAAAAAAGCAAAGAUGAAAGCUGAAAAGACCACUCUGGAUAAAUAUAUUGAAUCGCCAAUGCAAUCGAUACGCUGUUACAAGGAUAUGUACCCUGAUUUGAUCAGCAGAAAUGCUUCUGAUGUGGUAUUAGUAUCCAUAAAUUCGAUAACUUCUGGAACUUUUAAACCGUAUCCCGUGGUCUGCGCUGACCGAACAUAUGGGUGGAAUUCCGGGAAAAAAUUUGUUCGUUUACCAUAUUCUAUAUGUAACGUGACUGGUGGAAUUGCACGAUACGACAUUAUACAGACUGCAAUUUCAAAACUUUUGGAACCGCUUAAGACCUAUAAGCAAAUUGAGGACUGUAUCAGAAGCUAUUCACGUGCCAGGAGUUUCAAUGCGCUUCGACAGCUUUUUGAAGCAGUUCUGAGUGAAGCAUUACGCGUGGAAUAUCUUACCACCGUGAUACCUUUCAUGGCAAAAUUGGCUUUACAGAGUCCAAGUCUGAUAACUCAACCAAUACCGAUAUUGCGACGUGGAAGUUCUGGGUCGGUAACGAUAAGCCAGCAUCAAGCAGCCUCACUGCUUGCACACGCAUUCUUUUGCACUUUUCCAAGUCGUAACACUGUCAGUAAUGAAUUACCACCAAUUAAUUUCUGGCGUUUGUUCAGUUUGCAUUCUGCAAAUGCGGUAGAAAAACUACGAUGCCUAAUGCAUUAUUUUCAUAUGGUUUCCAAGAAAAUGCCGACAGGACUAUUGACGAUCCGCCGACAGAAUGACUCGGCGCAGGAGUGGUCUUCCAUGCAUUUGCCUUUAUCGAAGCUUUAUGUUAGUCAUACAGGUACAAUAGAAGACGAUGGUCAUGGCAUGUUACAAGUAGAUUUUGCUAAUGAAUAUAUUGGAGGAGGCGUAUUGAGCGGUGGCUGUGUUCAGGAGGAAAUCAGAUUUCUUAUUUGCCCGGAAAUGAUUGUUUCGAUGAUUCUCUGCGAAAAGAUGCACCACAACGAAGCUAUCGUUAUUUGUGGUGCAGAACGGUUUUCUGGUUAUGAUGGCUAUGGUUCAUCGUUUCGUUGGCGUCCGAUGGAGAAAAUGGAUUCAUUUCCGAGGGAUCGCUUCCAUAGGUUAUGUUGUGAGUUGGUAGCGAUUGAUGCUCUCCCAUUUUCAAAUAAACAUGAACAGUUUAGUGUCGAGUUAGUAGAUCGCGAAUUACUCAAGGCUUACGUUGGCUUUGCUGUAAAUGAUGGAACGAUGAAGCCGGUUGCUACUGGAAAUUGGGGUUGUGGUGUAUUUGGAGGUGACUUGCACUUGAAAAGUUUGAUACAACUUAUGGCAUCGUCCGCACGGAAACGAUGUCUUUAUUAUUUCACAUUCGGCAAUCAGAAAUUUGCGGAGGACUUCACUGAAAUUUACGGGAUACUGGUGCAAACUGGUACUACAGUUGGACAGCUGUAUGACAUGAUAAAUGGUUACUGCUCUGAAUAUGACAGGAAUAGUUCUCCACCGCUGUUCGAAUACAUCUCUUGGAAAAUCAAGGGAAAUAUAGUGUUAAAUACAUAGCAGACUUUGUUUGAUAUUUGUGAUGUAGUUGCUUAUCUCUGAUAUUACAGACUUUGACACUCAGUUAUGUGUUAAAAAUGUACGUUAUAUGGACAUUCACAAAGAAUAAUUAUCGCUAUGAUCAAAUAGAUAUUACCAUUUUUGAACAUUGUUUGCUGAAACAACAAAAUCCUUCUAG